AUGCAGGCGCAUCUCCGCUUUAUCGCUAGCAGCACGGCUCAGAUCCGCCUUUGGCCAAUGGCAUGGCGCAGGUUCCUCUUUUUCCGGUCCUCGUCUAGGCCUCUUCAGGCUAGACCGGCGCUAGACUCGAAACCUACCGUGUCACUGAAUUGCCGUGCUCGCCAGGUUUUUUGGCGCCGGUUUCUUUGCUCUAGCGCUGUGUCGAGCGCUGCAGCUCAGCGGCCGUGGUGGUCUCUGCCCUCUGGUCGCCCAGCAAUCCGCAGCGGCCCUGUUUCGCUUCUGGCUCGCCAUCUCCAUUUCCAUCUCCAUCUCCAUCCCCAUCUCGCGAUCUCAGCGCUCCUCCUUGCAUCAAACCUCAAAUCGUCCUCCCCGUGCCGGAUUGCACCUCCAGUCGGCCAAUUCGACGCUGGCGCCGCCGCAUCGCUCGUAGAAACCACAAUUCGGCCCGCUCCUCUCGCAAUCACCCUAGACGCUGAAUCUUUGGGGCUGUCUGACGAAGACGGUAGCGACAACGAAAAUUUCGAUUUGGCUGCGGCCACUGUGUCCGACGGCUUUCGACCAACAAACCCAUCACCGACCGACAGCUCAUCAGUAUUCUCGACGACAAACAAUCCCACCAGUGCCUCGGCCGCCUCUUCGCAAGCUCGAUUAUUGUCUCAAAGCCCAACCCACGAACAGGCGCCGACUUCCAGCCUCUCCAAGCCUUCAGCAUCAGCCUCUGCCCGCCCAUCAAGCGCAGUCAAGCCUCCCCGGCCUCAUGAUUCACUCACGCUCCGCGGCGAUGGUUCAAACCCUCUUCAAACCGACCCGUCAUUAUCAUCAGCGCUAGCGUCGCACACAGAUGCGCCUCAGAUUCGGCCUCAGAGUCCUUAUCGAGGCCCCACCGGUCCUUCACAUCCGUAUCAAAUGUACCUGCAGAGAACACUGAGCAACGGUACGGCCUCUACCGACCAAGCUACAAGGCGCGGCCCUGCGCAUCCGUAUACCCUCUACCCACAAAAUACCGUCACCAGCGGCGACGAGACGCCUAAUCAGAUACCCAUUGGCUUUUCGACAUCUGGCGAUGGUUAUCAGAGGCAAAUCGGCCCAGAUGGAGAAGACGUGGGAGGCUUGGUUGGCCCCUUGGGGCAUACCGAAGAGCUGCCUCCUUACACGAGAUACCCCGACCAGGCUGUUGUCCGAAAGGCUACCCCCCCUGCAGCUGUGCUGCCAGAGGAUGGCGCAUCUAAUAAUCCACAUGAAACCGAUACUGGAGCCGGGGGAAUUGGGGUAGCGACCCGGAAUCCAGAGUUUUCAUCUACAGAAGAAGACCUUCAGCCUUCACAAUCUAGGCCAUCCACUCGCAGCCAUCACGACAUUAACACUGCUGCACAAGAUCAGGCAGAAAAGCCCCAGAUGAGCAAAUGGCAGCGUAGGGCAAAGAAGAAGCUCUGGGGCAUCGUGCCGUAUUGGGCAAUAUGUCUACUUAUUAUAGGUGUUGUUCUAGUUGGCGUUAUAUUGGGCGCUGUCAUCGGAACGGUUUUCUCGCACCAUAGACCGCCAAAUUUCGGCUCAAGUUAUCCCCAACCGUUUCCGACACCAACGUCUGAUGUCAUACCGUUGCCCAAUGUCCCUCCACGUCUACCCCAUCUACCUACUGGCACCUAUGAGCUGCCACUUCUGAUUCCUAACCAAUCGCCCAAGGGUUGCUUCAACGAUACCAGACAAAGUGCUGCUUGGAGUUGUAGCAUACCCACUAGCUACUACGAAAUGAAGCUCGGCAAUAUGACAAACGAAAGAGCGACUUCAUGUUAUAACCUCUCUCUCAAGGCCGUCAGUCUCGUCGAUUCCCGGUUUCUCUGGGGUGCCCAGCCUCCUAAUAUUGAUGGUGAAACUUUGACACUUGUCAACGACACCUCUGACCUUCGCCGUGGCCCGGCGUGGUGGCUCAAGGUGACCUAUGACAAGAUAGUCGUGGUCGCUGAAAAUGCUUUCCCCCCUCCUUCCACGACCAAACGUUGGGACAACAUGGGUGCAUCAUUUGACGAUUAUGAUGUAGUCCGAAUGAACAAACCAAUCGGAGCUCAAAACGGCGAUAAACCCUGGAUAUGUACCUGGCCUGGUACGACACUCGAAGUUUUCAUCUACCCCAUCCAGAAUUCCAGUGUUGGGGCCAACCCAACUUCAGGUACAGCGACUUCAUCAGCGGCCUCGCCGACGAGCUCUGUGCCCAACCCAUAUGCAGCGGAGGGUUUAUUCCCUUACCCCAAAAGCGUCAAGUUUUUAGAAAAACGAGAUGCUGGCAAUACUCCCAGACCAUUCUGUCGCCAAGUCCGAGUCGUCGAUAAUGGGCGUGGCAUAGCGAAUGUGACGGAUAGUUUUGGGAACCCCGUUCAAAUACAGAUCAAUGAGAACUAUGACUCGGAUGACGAUCAGGAGACAUCCCAAAAUAAGCGCUCGCUCCGAAAGAGGUGGAAUCAAUCUUGGAACUCUCAGAAAAUGGAGCAGUUGACACCUUGCGGCUGUCUUUGGUCGUCUUGAUCUCUCAUCUGUCGUCCUUUUCUCCCUGCCAGCACAUGGAUGAUGUUUGGCAUUUUUCUAUUCUCUCUGUUUUAUCUAUGGCGCUGUAAUCUCUGCCCGGGCUUCUUUGAUUACGGCGUUUCGGCAAAGGUGCUUGAUUUGGGCCGAUAUGAUUUUCUUGCCCCUUUUCUUUAUCGUACACAAAAAAGGAGGCUCUCUUUCCUUCAUUCAAAGGCGUUAGAUUUGUCUUGGUCUUAUUUGCAUGUUGUAACAGCUAUUGUUCAUACGGCGUUGGAGGAUUUCUUCUUUUUUUCCCUAACGCUUUUAUACAUCUGCGGCCUAUGAGCCCAGCGCGCGCUUUUCUCUGUUCCUCUUGAGCCCACUUGUCUUGUCUUGAGGGGAUGGGGAGGAGGAUUUGUAUUUUUUUUUUUGUUGCUAUUAUUCUGGUAGUAGACUAGGUAGGCCGCCAUGUUUCUUCCGGCGAAGACUUGCUCUAUUGUCGGGUCGGCUUGAACCGAUCCGAGGUGAAUGUCAUGUGUUAUUUUUCAUGUUUAGGGGAGAAAAUGGUUACGAAUGGAGAGCACAUUAUAGCUAGUUAGGCAAUAGACUUGCUGAUUAGAAAAGAGAUGGGGAAAAAAGGAAGAAUUCUGUGUACCUA